UUUUAUUUAAACACUUUCUACAACAGUCUUUAAAAAGGCAACUCACUAGUAGUGACUCGCUCACUAACUCACCAACUCAGUCACUAACUCACUAGGACUAGUAUGAGUAGCAACAAAAUGUUGCCUUCUAGUUCUACUCUAGCUUCUCUUUUUCUUGUUUUAAUCCUGUGUAGCUCCAACAUUGGAUUAAGUUCUUCAUCUAAAUCUAAAACUAAAUCUAAACCGUCCAACGAUACGCCCACCAAGAUUGGCAAUGGCUACCGUUUGAUCUCAGUCGAAGAAGCUCCCGACGGUAGCAUUGUCGGCCACCUUGAAGUUAAACAGAAAAACAACAUCUACGGCUCUGAUAUUGCUCACUUGCAGCUCUAUGUCAAACAUGAAACAGAUGAACGAUUAAGAGUACACAUAACAGAUGCAGACAAGCAAAGAUGGGAAGUUCCGUACAAUUUAUUACCAAGAGACCAACCACCAGCACUUAAAAAAACAAUCGGAAGAUCAAGAAAGCUUCCACUAGAAGUGCAAGAAUAUUCCAGUUCUGAGCUAAUCUUCAGUUACACAGCCGACCCAUUUACUUUUGCAGUCAAAAGAAAAUCAAACGGGCAGACCCUGUUCAACACAAGCUCAGAUGAAUCAAACCCGUUUAGCCAACUGGUUUUUAAAGAUCAGUAUCUUGAAAUAUCAACCCAGCUGCCCAAAAGUGCUUCUCUUUAUGGUUUGGGAGAGAAUACUCAGCCACAUGGGAUUAAAUUAUACCCUGGAGACCCCUAUACUUUGUAUACCACUGAUAUUUCAGCUAUUAAUCUUAAUGCUGACUUAUAUGGGUCUCAUCCUAUGUAUAUGGAUCUUAGGAAUGUGAAUGGGCAGGCUUUGGCUCAUGCUGUUUUGUUGUUGAAUAGUAAUGGUAUGGAUGUUUUCUACAGAGGGAGUUCUUUGACUUACAAGGUUAUUGGGGGUGUUUUGGACUUUUACUUCUUUGCUGGUCCCAGUCCUUUGGCUGUUGUUGAUCAGUAUACUCAGUUGAUUGGGAGACCUGCUGCAAUGCCUUACUGGUCUUUUGGAUUCCACCAAUGCAGAUGGGGCUACCACAACCUGUCUGUGGUUGAAGAUGUUGUUGAGAAUUAUAAGAAGGCCCAGAUCCCUCUUGAUGUGAUUUGGAACGAUGAUGAUCACAUGGAUGGUCACAAGGACUUCACCCUCAACCCCACAAACUAUCCUCGUCCAAAGCUGCUGGCUUUCCUCGACAAAAUACACAGCAUGGGCAUGAAGUACAUCGUUAUUAUUGAUCCUGGGAUUGGUGUUAAUUCUAGUUACGGCACAUACCAAAGAGGCCUUGCCAAUGAUGUAUUUAUCAAGUAUAUGGGUAAGCCUUACUUGGCACAAGUUUGGCCUGGAGCUGUGAACUUCCCAGACUUCCUCAAUCCCAAAACAGUUGAAUGGUGGGGUGAUGAAGUUCGCCGCUUCCACGAACUUGUUCCUGUUGAUGGCCUUUGGAUUGACAUGAAUGAAGCUUCAAAUUUUUGUUCUGGACUCUGCACAAUUCCAGAGGGCAAGGUGUGUCCGAGUGGAACAGGACCUGGUUGGAUCUGUUGCUUGGAUUGCAAGAACAUUACAAAGACGAGAUGGGAUGAUCCACCUUACAAGAUCAAUGCCUCAGGAUUGCAGGUGCCAAUUGGGUACAAAACAAUAGCUACCAGUGCAGUUCACUACAAUGGUGUUCUGGAAUAUGAUGCUCAUAGUCUGUAUGGAUUCUCUCAAUCAAUUGCCACUCACAGUGCACUUGAAGGGCUUGAGGGCAAGCGACCAUUUAUCUUGUCACGCUCCACUUAUGUUGGAUCAGGAAAGUAUGCUGCGCAUUGGACCGGUGAUAAUAAAGGCACUUGGGAUGAUUUGAAAUAUUCCAUAUCUACUAUGCUAAAUUUUGGUAUAUUUGGUGUGCCUAUGGUUGGAUCAGAUAUAUGCGGGUUCUAUCCUCAACCCACAGAAGAGCUAUGCAACCGUUGGAUUGAACUAGGUGCAUUCUACCCCUUCUCAAGGGAUCAUGCCAACUUCUACUCACCUAGACAAGAGCUCUAUCAGUGGGAUUCAGUAGCUGAAUCGGCUAGAAAUGCUCUAGGCAUGAGGUAUAAGCUUCUCCCGUAUCUGUACACACUGAACUACGAGGCUCAUAGUACCGGGGCUCCAAUUGCACGGCCGUUAUUCUUCUCAUUCCCAAAUUACACCGAGUGUUAUGGAUUGAGCACUCAAUUCUUGUUAGGAAGUAGUGUCAUGGUGUCUCCAGUGCUUGACAAAGGCAAAUCAAAGGUUAACGCACUCUUUCCUCCGGGCUCUUGGUAUAGCUUAUUCGAUAUGUCACAAGUCAUUACCUUGAAAGAGGGGAAACAUGUAACCCUUGAUGCACCUUUGCAUGUGGUCAAUGUGCAUUUGUAUCAGAAUACCAUACUACCAAUGCAGCAAGGUGGAUUAAUUUCCAAGCAAGCCAGAAUGACACCUUUUACCCUCGUCGUAGCCUUCCCUUACGGAGCAAGUGAUGCAGAAGCCACAGGAAAGCUAUUCCUCGACGACGAUGAACUUCCAGAAAUGAAACUCGGAAGUGGGUCAGCUACAUAUCUUGAUCUCUAUGCAACGGCUAGCAAGGGAACCAUAAAGGUCUGGUCGAAAGUUCAAGAGGGCAAAUUUGCUUUGGAGAAGGGUUGGAUCAUCGGCAAGAUAGCAGUAUUGGGUGUAGACAGAAGUGGGGAACCGUCAGCGCUCGAGAUCAACGGAAAACCCGUUGCAGGAGACGCAAACAUAGAAGUUAGAUCAUCGGAACAUAAGCAUAUCGAGGCUAUUGAAGCUGAUGAUAGAAAGAAGAGUGUGAUGGUAGAGGUUAAAGGCUUGGAAAUUCCGGUAGGAAAAGACUUCUCGAUGUCGUGGAACAUGAAGAUCAGUAGUUAAAGACUGCUAUUGUUUGUUGUUUAUUAAGAAUGGUUUUUGAUGGAAAGGAGAUGAGUUCAGUUAUGCUCAUCCUAUUUCCAUGAAACCUCCUAGUUCAAGAAUCAAAAGUAAAGUUCAGAUUCUUUGCUUUGUUAAGAGAAGUAGUUUCAUUGUUGUUUCAUAAAAUGCAGUAAUGCAUAUUUUUAAUCAUUUUAAGCCUUAGUUUUUGGAUA